GUCUCCUCCUCCUCCCACGCUCUCCCGUGCAGCCCACAAGCCGGAGCAGCAGCCGCCGCCCCAACUCCCGCGAUGAGCAAGGCAGGCGGCGCCGGCGCGGCCCCGGGCCCCACAGCCGCGGCGGCGGCGGCCGCGGCGCAGAAGCAGAAGUCGCUGCUGCAGAAGGCCGACGCCGACGUCUCCAGCCUCGUCGACAACUUCUCCUCCCUCGUCAACAUCGCCCGCGUCAACGACCCGCCCGUGCGCAACUCGCAGGAGGCCUUCCAGAUGGAGAUGCGCGCCGCCCGCAUGGUACAUUCAGCGGACUCUCUUUUGAAGUUAGUGUCGGAACUUAAGAGGACAGCCAUCUUUUCCGGGCUUGCUUCAUUAAAUGAGAAUGUGGAUAGGAGGAUUGAGGUGCUAGGUCAGCAGGUGGAGGGAACAGAGAGAAUGCUAGAGAGGAUUGGGCAGGAGGCAGCGGCAAGCCUCAAGGAGUUGGAGGCACACUACUACUCAUCUGUGGUGCGGUCUCCAGCCUAUGAUUGAGGGUUGUCUCAGCUGAUAGGUGUAGCUUUGAAGGAGUUGUGCAAUAAGAUGUUUAAUGUAUCAUGUGUAGAAAUCACCUUAAGUUAUUGAUUUUGGAACAGCUUUAGUCAUUUAUCAAGGCUGUUGUAUCACUUGUAGUUGCUUGAGGUGGGUAUUGGUGUUCUAGCUGUAGCGUGUUAUCUUCCCAUGUACACUGGUGGACGUUGCUGGUCAACCUUCAAUCUUUAACCCUGAGCUGUAAAUUGCAGGUAGCCUUGAAGCUAUUUAUCCCUUACUUGUUUGAGAUCUGUUUGGGCAUAUCGUUUAACCCUAGACCUCCUUGUGGGAAAAAUAUCAUAUUGUUCAGUACAGUGGUAAUGUAUUGCUCAUCAAACUCCUUUUGCUGUUGGAUGGCAACCGGAAAGGCAAGCCUGCUACGCCAAUGGAAAGACUUUGUACGUCCUCUUCCUUGUCUUGUCAAUUGUAGGGCACUGCUAUUGCUGUGCGGCACAGCCUGUGCCUGUUUGAAGACGGGGAUCCGGAUGAAGAAGCGCAUGACGACGUGUCGUGGAUACAAAUCCUGCGAGGUUUCUUUAGUCUUUACACGUAGACUAGCCACUUGCUAGGUACAGUACCGAGUACUGACCUUUCCUGCUCUAUAAUGUCACUUAAAGAAAGAACAUAUGAAACUUGUUUCACAAGUCUACAGCUGCUGUAGCAGUUUCACCUUUUUUUAUUGGUACAACUGUAGAAGUAGAUGUUGUGUAAUCGUGUUGCACUUUGUGCUUUUGAGAUGCUAAAAUGAUGCAACA